AUGAUCUACGGUCCGGAGUCCCCGGCGACGAUCUACGGUCCGGAGUUCCCGGAGACCAUCCACGGUCCGGAGUCCCCGGAGGCCAUCCACGGUCCGGAGUCCCCAGAGGCCAUCCACGGAACUCUGACCCAGUGGGCGUGCCCCUCAUUCCUCUCCCAGGAGCCCACUGGGGUCCACCCUGCCUGCCUUCCUGCCCCAUCAGAGCAUGCGGACCAGGCCCGCUUCUCUUUGUGCACUGGGAUGAUGAGUGAGAGGACGAUGACACCUACCAAGGAGUCGCGUACUUUGUCAAAUGGAUAUCAUGAGAACCCCAGCCCCAGCUCCAUCCCCUACUCACUAUCCAGCUCCAGCCCCUACUCACUAUCCAGCUCCAGCCCCUACUCACUAUCCAGCUCCAUCCCCAGCCCCUACUCACUAUCCAGCUCCAGCCCCUACUCACUAUCCAGCUCCAGCCCCUACUCACUAUCCAGCUCCAGCCCCUACUCACUAUCCAGCUCCAGCCCCUACUCACUAUCCAGCUCCAUCCCCAGCCCCUACUCACUAUCCAGCUCCAUCCCCAGCCCCUACUCACUAUCCAGCUCCAUCCCCAGCCCCUACUCACUAUCCACCUCCAUCCCCAGCCCCUACUCACUAUCCACCUCCAUCCCCAGCCCCAGCUCCAGCCCCUACUCACUAUCCAGCUCCAGCCCCUACUCACUAUCCAGCUCCAUCCUCAGCCCCUACUCACUAUCCACCUCCAUCCCCAGCCCCAGCCCCAGCCCCUACUCACUAUCCAGCUCCAGCCCCUACUCACUAUCCAGCUCCAUCCCCAGCCCCUACUCACUAUCCACCUCCAUCCCCAGCCCCAGCUCCAGCCCCUACUCACUAUCCAGCUCCAGCCCCUACUCACUAUCCAGCUCCAUCCCCAGCCCCUACUCACUAUCCACCUCCAUCCCCAGCCCCAGCUCCAGCCCCUACUCACUAUCCAGCUCCAGCCCCUACUCACUAUCCAGCUCCAUCCCCAGCCCCUACUCACUAUCCAGCUCCAUCCCCAGCCCCUACUCACUAUCCACCUCCAUCCCCAGCCCCAGCUCCAGCCCCUACUCACUAUCCAGCUCCAGCCCCUACUCACUCUCCAGCUCCAUCCCCAGCCCCUACUCACUAUUCAGCUCCAUCCCCAGCCCCUACUCACUAUCCAGCUCCAUCCCCAGCCCCUACUCACUAUCCAGCUCCAUCCCCAGCCCCUACUCACUAUCCACCUCCAUCCCCAGCCCCAGCUCCAGCCCCUACUCACUAUCCAGCUCCAGCCCCUACUCACUAUCCAGCUCCAUCCCCAGCCCCUACUCACUAUCCAGCUCCAUCCCCAGCCCCUACUCACUAUCCAGCUCCAUCCCAUACUCACUAUCCAGCUCCAGACCCUACUCACUAUCCAGCUCCAUUCCCAGCCCCUACUCACUAUCUAGCUCCAUCCCCAGCCCCUACUCACUAUCCAUCCCCUACUCACUAUCCAGCUCCAGCCCCUACUCACUAUCCAGCUCCAUCCCCAGCCCCUACUCACUAUCCAGCUCCAUCCCCAGCCCCUACUCACUAUCCAGCUCCAGCCCCUACUCACUAUCCAGCUCCAUCCCCAGCCCCUACUCACUAUCUAGCUCCAUCCCCAUCCCCUACUCACUAUCCAGCUCCAUCCCCUACUCACUAUCCAGCUCCAGCCCCUACUCACUAUCCAGCUCCAUCCCCAGCCCCUACUCACUACCUAGCUCCAUCCCCUACUCACUAUCCAGCUCCAGCCCCUACUCACUAUCCAGCUCCAGCCCCUACUCACUAUCCAGCUCCAUCCCGAGCCCCUACUCACUAUCUAGCUCCAUCUCCAGCCCCUACUCACUAUCCAGCUCCAUCCCCUACUCACUAUCCAGCUCCAGCCCCUACUCACUAUCCAGCUCCAGCCCCUACUCACUAUCCAGCUCCAUCCCCAGCCCCUACUCACUAUCUAGCUCCAUCUCCAGCCCCUACUCACUAUCCAGCUCCAUCCCCUACUCACUAUCCAGCUCCAGCCCCUACUCACUAUCCAGCUCCAGCCCCUACUCACUAUCCAGCUCCAUCCCCAGCCCCUACUCACUACCCAGCUCCAUCCACAGCCCCUACUCACUACCCAGCUCCAUCCACAGCCCCUACUCACUACCCAGCUCCAUCCACAGCCCCUACUCACUACCCAGCUCCAACCUCUACUCACUACCCAGCUCCAUCCCCAGCCGCUACUCACUACCCAGUUCCAGCCUCUACUCACUACCCAGUUCCAGCCCAUACUCACUACCCAGCUUCAGCCCCUACUCACUACCCAGCUCCAACCUCUACUCACUACCCAGCCCCUACUCACUACCCAGCUCCAACCCCAGCCAUUACUCACCACCCGGCCCCUACACACCACCCAGCUCCAUCCUCAGCUCCAGCCCCAGGCAAGAGUAUUUGUAUGUGUUUCCCCCCUGUGGACACGACAUAUAUGAGGGUGGAUGA